AAAGUCCCCGCAAGCUUCCCCCUCCAGCCCUAGGCUCGUGCCGCCUUCCCGCCGCACUAACAACUCUCUCCGUCUUCAGGUCAGACCAUUGCUGAAAUCUUCAGGACUUACUCGUCAGGAAGAGGAGGAGAACAGCGCGUGCCAGACGCCCAGAGGGAAAAAGUGAUACCCAACUAGAAUAGCAAGGAUAUAUCCGCUACGACACUCCCUUUGCGACUACCAUCACCAGUCUGUCGUAUAUAUCCGACUUUUGCCUUUUUUCUCACCCUCCGAAGAACUGCCUAGCCUGACAUGAGCGCCAACCCUUCGGGGAGAAUCCCAGACGCUUGGGAGGACGACUUCGAGAGACAGGUUGAUACAUCAGCGACCGAAAAUCCUUCCGCAGAGAAGAAAGUCUCUUCAAAAGUGUCAAAGGCCCAGCGGAGAGCGCAGCAUGCGGAGUUCAACAGGCAAUUAUGGGCUGAAGCUCCCAACAGAAAUAGCGAAUCCUCGCAGUCGUUCCAUUUCCUCGAAGCGCGCACAUCGACAGUUCCAUUGAAACAGGACUUCAAACCCACCGUGACCCUCUUGAGCCGAAAACCCCAGAUUGCCUCGCGACAGUCAUCGUCAGUUGAUUCUGCUGCCGCCGGUAUAAGCCGCCUAGGCCUCAAUGGAGAGGGAGAUGACGACUCGGAUGAUGAGUCUAAGAAAGCACCAACGAUGACACCGGAAGAACGGCAGGCGAAGGCGCUGCGAGAUCGCGAGGAGAAACAGCGCAGGUAUGAAGAGGUGCGCGAGCGCUUGUUUGGAAGUCCCUCGGCCACGACAUCUGGAGCGUCGUCGCCAGGGAGUACAACACCACCGAGGCAACAUCACAGCGGAGAAGGAAGGGGGAAAGGGAAAGGCCGAGGUGGCGGAAGCCAUAGCAGGGAGAAACGCGAUACUUCUUCCGCAUCAGGGAGAUCAAGACAGCUUUAUGAUCCCGGAUAUACAGCCAAGCCGAAUUCUACAUAUUUACAGAAGAGGGACAGACAGCAAUCGGCAGAACGUUACGACAAUGAACAGCAGCAAUCUCCGCAGCAGCCUACGCGUGCCCCCAGGGGCCCGGAUGGAAGCGGACGUGGAGGAUUUGGAUUCAGCAACAGAGGCGCAAAAGCACCUUAA